CCGAACCCAGCCCCAAGCCCUCGCCCCGGCUGGAGGCGGCCGGAGCGGCGGGGCCGGGGGAUGCGCGGCAGGGGCGGGUGCGGGGCUGAGCCGAGCAGCGGCGGCCCGCGGGGCCCCCCCAGGUGAGGCCGGGCUGGUGGGGCCGGGGUCGGUACCGGCUCGCGCUCAGCCCCCUCCCUUCCUCCUUCCCUGCUGCUGCCGCUGCCGCCGCCGCCGCCCCCCUCACCCAUGUCCCAGGUCAGCAGCCACCGGCCGAGCCGCCCGGAGCCCCCCCGAGCCGAGCCCGCCCCAGCGACAGGGGUGGGCGAGACCUCACGGCCGUCCCUGAGGCCAACCCCAGCGGCAGAGCCGCGGCCGGACGCUGGCCCUGCUGCUGGCCCCUCGGCACCAAAGGAGAAGCCCCUGGAAGACGAUGAGCCCCAAAAAGUCGUGACAAAGGCCCCCCAGGCUGAGCUUGCAGGUGCUCCCGAAGCUGUGACAUGCCAGCCCCAGGUGCGAGCAGCCCCCCAGCCCCCCAGCCCCUGCACCCACCUGCUGCAGAACGGGGCUGGGCGUGGGGUGACCCCAGGGGGUGCCAACGGGGAGGCCGGGAACGGGGUCCUCCGCGCCCUCCCCAGCAGCCAGAAGCCUCACCGGAAGCUGCAGUCUCACCACUCCAUCAACAGCCAGAGCAGCAAGAAGAGCAAAGGCAGCUCCAAGUCGGCCUCUUCCCACAUCCCCAUUGAGGCACAAGAAGACUGCUGCGUCCACUGCAUCCUCUCCUGCCUCUUCUGCGAGUUCCUGACCCUCUGCAACAUCGUCCUGGACUGCGCCACCUGCGGCUCCUGCACCUCGGAGGAUUCCUGCAUCUGCUGCUGCUGCUGCAACUCCGGGGAGUGCGCAGACUGCGACCUGCCCUGCGACAUGGACUGCGGCAUCAUCGAUGCCUGCUGCGAGUCUGCCGACUGCCUGGAGAUCUGCAUGGAGUGCUGUGGGCUCUGCUUCUCCUCCUGAGGGCUGCGCGCACC